UUGAAGCCAGCAGGGCUGGUGACAUAAAGGAGAGGUUUAUUGGGGCAUGCUGCUCUGUGCCCCCUGCCAGCACUGUUUUAAUGCCUCCUCUUCUGUCUCUGCUGCAGUGCUUCAUUCAGAGAAGGAAUUCCAUGAUGCAGCGAAGUGUAAUGACACGGCCAGGAUGGAGGAGCUCAUCACGAGGGGGGUUGACAUCAAAGCCAAAACCAAUACAGACCGGACUGCUCUGCAUUGGGCUGCAGGAGCAGGGAACGUGGAUGCCGUGCGUCUGCUCCUGGAUCACGGCGUCCCAGUGGAUGACAAAGACAGUUUUGGAAUGAAUGCACUUCUCCUGUCUGCCUGGUUUGGCCACCUCCGUGUCCUGCAGAUCCUUGUCAAUGCUGGGGCCAAGAUUAACUGUGUCAAUAGGAAUGGCAGGAACCUGCUGCACUGUGCAGCUCAGAGGGGACACAUCCAGGUGAUGGAGUUCAUAAUGGAGGUCCUGGAGGACAUGUGUGUGGAUAAGACUGACAAGAUGGACAGGACAGCGUUUCACCUGGCUGCAGAGCAUGGGCAGCUGGAGGUGGUGGAGUUCCUAAUUCGACUGGGUUGUUCUCACAGUGCCAAAGACAAGGAAGAAAAUACAGCAUUGCAUUUAGCUGCUAAAAAUGGACAUUGCUCUGUGCUGCAGAAGAUUAUUGAUGCUGGAGUGGGCCUUGAUGGAAAGAACUUGGAAGGACUUACAGCUCUGCACCUGGCUGCUGAGUGGGGUCACAGUGACUGUGUGAAGCUGCUCUUGGAAGCAGGUGCUGAUGUCAAUGCCCAAACCCAGAAGAAGAUGAACUGCCUUCAUUAUGCAGCCCUGCACGGCCAUGAGGAGAUAGCCAGGAUCCUGGUGGAGGCAGGAAUCCACGCAGACGCUGUGAAUCACCAAAACGCAUCAGCGACGCACAUUGCGGUGCUGCAGAACUUCCCAGCCAUGGUGAAGCUCUUCAUCGAGGCAGAGUGUGACCUUGACAUUCCAGAUAUUAGGCAGCAGACCCCGCUCCACAUCGCAGCGGAGCACGGCAGGCAGGACAUUGCUGAGAUGAUUCUCAUUGCAGGAGUUAAUCUGAAGCUAACAGACAAGCAAGGGAAAACAUCUCUGGAUGUAGCUGCCCGAGGCAAUCACAUCAACUUGGCAGACAUGAUUAUCAAAGCUGAUCGGUUUUACAAGUGGGAGAAGGACAAUCUGAACAGCGACUCUGACUCCUGGGUGGCAAAGCAUUUGACCUUCAAGCAAGAUCACAGGCUGGAAACACAGCACAUCCGCUCAGUCAUGUGGAGAUUAGCUACCAAGUACCUCAAACCUGGUGAAUGGAAGAAGCUGGCACAUUACUGGAAAUUCACUGAUGGCCACAUUAAGGCCAUUGAACAGCAAUGGACAGGUAGUAAAAGCUACAGGGAGCAUGGCCACCGAAUGCUGCUUAUCUGGCUCCAUGGCGUCGUCCUGGCAGGAGAAAAUCCAAUCAAGGGAUUGUAUGAAGGCCUCGUGGGGAUUGGAAGGAGAGAGCUAGCAGAAAGCAUUCGGAAAAAAGCAAACGCAGACCCUGCCUCUCCACGGAAGUGCACAGCAAUGUAACAGCCGGAGGGCACUGGGGCUCCUCCAGCUGGUGGAUCCUCAGAGCUACAGAGGAAACAUCUGCUCUGCCACUGGCUCAGGUGGCUGCAACCCAAGGGCUUCUUGUCAUAGCAGCUGGCAUUGCUGCUGCUUCCUUCUUGGGCUGGACAAGGACAAGGGUGGCAGAAAAUGCUCAUGGUACAAAAUGCCUCUUUGCACAGAAGGGAGGGUUUUAUCAGCCAGCGGGUGUGGGCUGGGCACUGUCAGAACGGUUCAGCAAGUGAGCCUCAUGUCAUACUGUGAAUAUAGGGACAUGCUAUACUAUUUUACUGGAGCUUGUUUACAUCACAUUUUGUAUAUACAUUUUUAAUUGUCAAUGUUUUAAGUUAUUGAGGGGAGAGCCUUUGUUUUCAGGAGUGUUCUUUACUUACAUUUCCUGGAGGAGUGUCUAUCACUUCUGUCUUCAGUGUGUUCAGAACUUCCUUAUUAGGGUGGAAAGUUAAGAAGAAAAGUCAAGGUGACCACCUGGUCCUUUUGGAACCUGGAGGGUUGUGAUCUUUAAUGUUUCAACUCUUUACAAGAAGUUUCAGAAAAAACAUUAACAAACUGUUCAUAAAUAUACAUUAACAUACAUAUGCUGUUUAUAAAUCAAAUAGGUAAUUUCUUUCACCCUUAGUUUACAGCUUGAAAGAUGUAAGGUAAGAAUGGUCACUGGUUAUCUACACAGCCUCUGACAGGGACAGAGAGAUUUCUCAAAUACCAAUUUGUCGUGUAAUACUUUGUAUUUAUUUUUUACACUCUUUCAAGAGGAAAAUAAUGUCUGUGUUGUAAUAAAUCCAGAUGUUACCCUUAA